GCAAGUCAAUUGAUCUGUAAAUGGGAUGAUCCUCAACUAUUCCCUAGAUCAUACUUUGCUCGAGCCCUUUUGGAACCACCAUUCGACCCCUUGAAUAGCCCCUAUGCGCGAAGUGUAUUUGCCUCUUACGCGAGUGCCUGUGUCAUACUUGCCACACAAUUUUGGGCGCUAUUGCAUCCCGCGCCCCAGACAGCAUGCUUGCGUCCACUGCUAUCGUUGAUUUUGGUACGUACCAUCUUUUUAGAGAUGAUUAACUCUGAGCCACUUCUAGAUCGUGCCGUCGAACUCUUUCAGCAUGCUCGCGCAGGAAAGCGCAUAGCACGAGGAUUGGUGAGAUCAAAAUCACUGUUGGAAAAGGCCCAUAAGGCAAUAAACUCCUUUAGGAGUGGCACAUGGACUAGGCCUACUGCCACAGAUUCAGAGCUUUAUAAGAGCUUUGGAUCAUCUGGAAUUAUUGUUGUACCUAAGUCCAGCCCCGAAUCCACCCCAGACACAAACUCAGACGCAACCUCAGCCACCAAUUCUUUCUCUGAGAAUUCCUUAGCUUCUGUCCUCGGCACGGAAAAUAAGCAGUCAUCCGGUUACCCGGAAACAACAGUUCUUCCAGGACUUGGAACGACAACCAGUGAUGGUUUUCUACAAAGCAUCUUCGGUAAUAGUUGGGUUCUGGGAUCUUCACUGGAUAAGGCACUCGAACCUCCUGAUAGCAUAUUAUCUCGACAUUCUCCUUCCUUAACUUCUCCGGAGAGCCAAAUUACACCAUAUCCGAUGAGCGGAUCCCAACCAGAGACGCAAGGCCAGAAUAUAAAAUCAACCGGGCCGGCAAUCCUUAGAACAGUUGACGAAGUACAAGGCAUCUCACAAGUUCCAAUUGCCAAUACCAGUUCCUCUACACUCUCUUUUAAUGAUCCACAGGCUAGCAUCUUAUGGGAAGCAUUCUUGCGUGAAAAGCACAACUUGGACCUUACCAUCUCUGGCCAACCUCUCACCCAACAAAAUUAUGAACAAAAUAUGGCCGAGAACGUGAAUCAUAAACAAUCUGAACAUUCCAGAGCGAAGAACUGUGCAGAAUACUAUAGAUACCUUGCUCAAACUGUAUCAAGCGAGGAAGAGCUUCCAUAUGUCCCGACGGCGCGCUUCUUCCCAAAGGUCAACGGUUCGAGCUCCACUAUGGCUACUUUUGGAGGUCUUUCUGAUAAGAUCUUUUUGUAUAAAUUAAGGCUCAUACUCUCUAAUACUGAGCAGCUUCAUGUUCGAAUCGACGAAUUGACCGAGAGAAUCAGAGAAUUGGAGGAGGCCUUGGCGAAUUUACAGUCUCUCCAUUCAGAUGAACCUCAUCCUCUACUCAAAGAGUCGACAGAACCACUCACAACCGCAUUUGGUUCGCUGAGACUCCAUGAUGAUCUCAUGUCCAACGAUGGACCAGCCAUAGAUCCUGUGCCGCAAGUGUAUCCCUCAUCGGAUCUUUCCCAGUCUGUUAAUCCUCUCGAAGACGCUGGAGGGCUUGACUUUGUCAACGCCUCCUUUCCCCAUUCCAGACAUGAAAU